GCUGGAACCGAGCCGGGACCCCCACAACAGGGCACAGCGGCUGCCGCCUCCGCGCUGCUCCUGGGCUGGGGGUGUCCCCCCGGGGGACCCGCCCUGCUGAGGUGUGGACGCUCCGGCAGCCUCGCCGUUGGGGGCUCAGCCGCAGCUUGCCCGCGGCCACCAGCCGCCUCGCUCAGCCGGGGAAGGGCGCCGCACCAGGUAGGUUUCCCUCCCCCAGGCCAGGAUCCCUGCGGAUUGACAGCCCGCGGCGCUCCCCGUUCGCAGUGCCUAGGUACAAAACAUUAGUCCUUGCUGAUCAAAAGGAAAAGCCAUGGCCACCAACAUGGCUAACAAUGCUAACCAUCUGGCCUACUUUUUUGGCAAUAUUACACGUGAAGAAGCAGAAGAUUACCUGCUGCAAGGAGGGCUGAGUGAUGGACUAUAUCUGUUGCGCCAGAGUCGAAACUACCUUGGUGGCUUUGCUUUGUCCCUGGCACAUGGAAGGAAGGUUCAUCACUACACAAUUGAAAGAGAGCUGAGUGGCUCUUAUGCCAUUGCAGGAGGGAAAUCACAUAUGAGUCCUGCUGAACUCAUUAACUAUCACUCAGAAGAAGCUGAUGGUCUUGUUUGUCUACUGAGGAGACCUUACAACCGGCCACCAGGUGUUGAGCCAAAAACAGGACCAUUUGAGGAUUUAAAAGAGAACCUUAUCAGGGAAUAUGUCAAACAAACUUGGAACCUACAGGGUAAUGCCCUCGAACAAGCUAUUAUUAGUCAAAAACCACAGCUAGAGAAGCUGAUUGCCACUACUGCCCAUGAGAAGAUGCCUUGGUUCCACGGGAAGAUCUCUAGGGAAGAAUCAGAGCACCGUGUUCUUUUAGGGACAAGGACCAACGGAAAAUUUUUAAUCAGGGAAAGGGACCACAAUGGAUCCUAUGCUCUCUGUCUGCUCAGUGAAGGAAAAGUACUGCAUUAUCGUAUUGACAGAGACAAGACAGGAAAGCUCUCUAUACCAGAUGGAAAAAAGUUUGACACCCUCUGGCAGUUAGUUGAGCAUUAUUCAUACAAACCAGAUGGGCUGCAAAGGGUCCUCACAAUUCCAUGUGCACGACUUGGCUCAGAAAAUGCUAACAUUAUUUUUGACACCCGUCCACCUCCACUUCCCGGAACCCAUCCUAAGACUUGGUCAACAGGUGGAAUUAUCUCAAGACUCAAAUCGUACACCUUUCCAAAGCCUGGCAGCAAAAAGUUUCAUCCAUCCAUUCCUCAUGAUGAUUCAGCAUCUUUUAAUCCUUAUGUGCUGCAGAGGACGAGAGCUCUAAUGGGAGCUGAACAAGGAGAUCAGAGGGAUGCUUUGCCCAUGGACACAGAAGUCUAUGAAAGUCCAUAUGCAGAUCCAGAGGAGAUAAAACCAAAAAAUGUCUCACUAGACAGAAAAAUGCUGUCUCUGGAAGAAGGAGAACUUGGCUCUGGUAACUUUGGUACUGUAAAGAAAGGGCUCUAUAUGAUGAAAAAGGGUGCCAAGCCAGUAGCUGUAAAAAUUCUUAAGAAUGAGAGUAAUGAUCCAGCCAUAAAGGAUGAAUUACUGAGAGAAGCCAACGUAAUGCAGCAACUGGAUAACCCAUACAUUGUCAGAAUGAUAGGCAUAUGUGAAGCUGAGUCCUGGAUGUUAGUGAUGGAGAUGGCGGAACUUGGACCAUUAAAUAAAUUUUUGCAGAAAAAUCGACAUGUCAAGGACAAGAAUAUAACAGAGCUGGUGCAUCAGGUUUCCAUGGGGAUGAAAUACUUGGAAGAAAACAAUUUUGUACACAGGGAUUUGGCUGCGAGAAAUGUGUUGCUAGUUACCCAACAUUAUGCCAAAAUUAGUGACUUUGGACUUUCCAAAGCUCUUGCUUCUGAUGAGAAUUAUUACAAGGCACAAAGUCAUGGGAAAUGGCCGGUCAAGUGGUAUGCUCCAGAAUGUAUGAACUUCUACAAAUUUUCUAGCAAGAGUGAUGUUUGGAGCUUUGGGGUUCUAAUGUGGGAAGCAUUUUCCUAUGGGCAAAAGCCAUAUAAGGGAAUGAAAGGAAGUGAAGUUGCCCAGAUGAUUGAAAGAGGAGAGCGAAUGGAAUCUCCUGAGGCUUGUCCAACUGAGAUCUAUGACUUGAUGAAACUGUGUUGGACAUACAAGGUUGAUGAGCGACCAGGAUUUUCUGCUGUUGAGCUCAGACUACGUAACUACUAUUAUGACAUUUCACAUUAACAAUGUGGAUACUAUGGACCUUAUGCACACUUUGGUCUGCUGCAAGCCCCCUUCUGAAAAUGAAAGCCAAAAGUUUUAGCUUUAGAAAACAUCAUGACUUCAGUUUGGUACUGCUGAAGCUCUUUAUGUUGUCUAAGUUCAAAGCAAAGCCCUUUAUAAUAGAUGCCUUUACUUGCUUUCAGUGCAAUUACGGCCCUUACAUAUCUUUUAAAAAAUAGACAUUGCUACACUUUGUGCAGCAAAGACAGCACAAUAGAUCUUUAGAAUUCUACUAAAUUAAGUUUGUUUUAUUUUACAUACAGCCUUCUUGUCUUUGGAGGGAGGGGUGUGUAUUGCAAAUUCUAUUUUCUCUCUUUCAUCUCUCCUCCUCUCAUGCCUAUAUUUGAAUGUAGAGCCAGCAUAAAAGCCUUGCUACUAAUUUUCUCACUACUGGUAUUUACCCUAAAAAUUGCUCAGAAGUUCCUAAGCUGAAAUCCUCUCAAAGUUAAAAAGCCUACACUCCCCUGCAGUAAUGCAAGUAGAAAGGAAACAGAAUUUGUAAAUCCCUGCCAUGUGGCAAGGAAGCAUCCAUUCCCCUCUGAAUUGUCCUCCUUCCCCCACCUCCACUCUUUCUAUUCAGGACUCCCCAGCUUGUCUAGGGGCAUAGUUAUAUAUGCAGGAGGAGUUCUUGGGGCAUACUCCAUUCUAGAAGAGGGGGUAACAAUGCCUCAGUUAAUGUUGCUCAGUAUUAAACUUAUUGUCUGUGCCUGCAUUAGCUGAGAGAGCAUUGGUUGGCCAAUGAAAGCAUUUUCUUUUCUGUCUUACCUUUGUCCUCUUCCUCCAAUGUCUUUUAACAGAUUUCCUAUGUUGUAUGCCAAACAGUCACCACCCUCUCUUUCAAAUACCUCCUUUUCCACAACGCCCAUCCAUCCAACUUCCACAGAUUCCAAGGCCAGAAGGGACCGUAGUGAUCAUCUAGUCAGAGCUCCAACACAGGCCAUACAACUUCCCCAA